AUGAAGGCUUCCGAAGAAAAAGAAGAAAAAACGGAUGAAAAUCGACCAAAGCCGGGAAAAACAAGAGAAAAGGCCAAUGUAGUGGAAGAAGACCCGGAAGUCCCCUCCUCCACUGUUCACGCGAUUCCAGUCCGGGCAGGACCAGCCAGAGAGGGUGGAGAGCGGACAUAUCAGUACUGGCCCUUUUCCACUAGUGAUUUGUACAGUUGGAAAACCCAGACUCCCUCCUUCUCUGAAAAACCACAGGGUCUUAUUGAUCUGUUAGAGUCUAUCCUUUUUACUCAUAAUCCCACUUGGGAUGAUUGUCAGCAACUGUUACAGGUGCUUUUCACUACAGAAGAGCGAGAGUGGAUCCUGUCAGAAGCUCAAAAGAAUGUGCCAGGGGUGGAUGGGAGGCCCACAAUACAGCCUAACCUCAUUGAGGAGGGGUUCCCCUUGGUGCGACCCAACCGGGACUUCGAACGCGCUGAAGGUAGGGAGUGUCUCCGGGUAUACCGUCAGACUCUUAUGGCCGGCCUUAGAGCGGCCGCCAGAAAGCCAACUAAUUUGGCCAAUAUCAAUUCAGUGAGGCAGGAACCAAAUGAGAGCCCAGCAACCUUCCUUGAAAGGAUAAUGGAAGCUUUUAGACAGUAUACCCCUAUGGACCCACAGGCAGAUGAGUCACGAGCGGCAGUUAUGUUAGCAUUUGUAAAUCGAGCAGCCCCCGAUAUUAGAAAAAAAUUACAAAAGAUAGAGAGGUUAAAUGAACAAUCCUUGCAAGAUCUAGUGAGGGCAGCCGAGAGAGUUUUUAAUCAUAGAGAGACCCCAGAAGAGAGAGAGGACCGCAUUAGAAGAGAAGAAAGAGAAUUUAGAGCUGAAGAAAACCAUAAAAAUCAAAAAGAGCUGGCCCAGAUAUUUUUUGCUGGGGUUGAAAACAAAAACAGGUUCCAGAAAGGGAAAACACUGGACUCAAAAACUGAAGAAAAAACGACAAGGCGUAAGCUUGAGAAAAACCAAUGUGCGUUUUGUAAAGAGUUUGGACAUUGGAAAGAUAAAUGCCCCCCAAAAAAUCUAAAAGAGGAGCCCAAGAACCCCAAAAACGAGACUCCCUCUCCAGACAGUCAUAUACUCUACGCGGGUGAGGAUAGCGACUAGGGGUGUCAGGGCUCGAAGCCCCUCCCCGAGUCCUGGGUAACUAUAAAUGUGGAGGGGAAACCGGUUGGCUUCAUGGUGGACACGGGAGCCCAGUACUCAGUCUUAAGCCAAAAAGAUGGACCCAUGUCUAAGAAAAGUAGCUGGGUGCAGGGAGCAACCGGGACUAAACGAUAUGGAUGGACUACAAAACAGCAUGUGAACUUGGGGGCCCACCAGGUGACCCUCUUUUUGGUGAUACCUGAGUGUCCAGCGCCCUUGUUGGGAAGGGAUUUACUGUCUAAAGUAAAUGCCCAAAUUCAUUUCGACCACGGACAAGUGUCGGUUUUAGAUGGGACCGGGCAUCCUCUUCAGGUCUUGUCUCUGGCAUUAAAAGAUGAAUACAGACUCUACUUGCCAGAGGCCCCAGCGACAAUAAGCCCCGAAGUACAACCAUGGGUUCAAAGAUAUCCUCAGGCCUGGGCUGAAACUGCAGGAAUGGGACUAGCCAAACAGAGGCCCCCUAUCAUUGUGGAACUGAAAGCCAGUGCGUCCCCAGUGAGGGUACGACAGUAUCCCAUGAGUCAGGAGGCUCGACAAGGAAUUACUCCUCAUAUACAACACGUCAUAGACGCUGGGGUCCUGAAAAGGUGCCGGUCCCCAUGGAACACUCCCCUGUUGCCUGUGAAAAAGCCUGGGGGAACUGAUUUUAGACCGGUUCAAGAUCUACGAGAAGUCAACAAACGGGUGAGUGAUAUUCAUCCUACGGUUCCUAACCCUUAUACAUUGCUAAGCAACUUGCCUCCAAACUACACUUGGUACACUGUUUUCGAUUUAAAAGAUGCCUUUUUUAGUUUGCCUCUUGCCCCCGCAAGCCAAGAGAUCUUUGCCUUCGAAUGGCAGGAAGACGGUGGUCAGACCCCUGUGCAGCUGACAUGGACUCGCUUACCACAGGGUUUCAAAAACUCGCCCACGUUAUUUAAUGAGGCCCUGGACGAAGACCUCCGUGAGUAUCGGGUUGAACACCCUACCAUUGUUUUAUUACAAUAAGUUGAUGACCUUAUGCUGGCGGCGGCUACAGAGAAAGAGUGCCAAGAGGCAACAGGUGACCUUCUCCAAACCUUGGGGACUUUAGGUUACCGGGCUAGUGCCAAAAAGGCCCAGAUUGCCAAGCAAGAGGUUACAUACCUCGGUUAUAAGAUAAAACAGGGCCAGAGGGGGCUAACACAGGCUAUGAAAGAAACCAUCCUCCAGAUCCCUGAGCCGGCUAACCCUAGACAAGUGAGAGAAUGUCUGGGAACGAUGGGAUAUUGCCGGUUAUGGAUCUUGGGGUUUGCAGAAAAGGCCAGGCCCCUAUAUGAGGGGACCAAAGAAAACAAGGACUGGAAAUGGGCUGAGCCAAUGAAAGAGGCCUUCCAAGAGCUCAGGCGAGCCUUGCUAGAGGCUCCUGCCCUUGCCCUCCCUGAUCCAUCUAAGCCUUUCCAAUUAUUUGUAGAUGAAAAGCGGGGGAUAGGAAAAGGGGUACUAACACAGAGAUGGGGACCAUGGAAGCGACCUGUAGCUUACCUUUCCAAGAGACUGGACCCAGUGGCAGCCGGAUGGCCACCUUGCCUCCGUAUCAUCGCGGCCACCACGCUCUUAGUCCACGUUGCUGAUAAACUGACUUAUGGACAGAGACUCUUGGUCUACACUCCUCAUGCCAUAGAGAGAGUUUUAAAGCAACCCCCAGGUAAAUGGAUUUCUAAUGCCCGCUUGACGCACUACCAGGCCUUGCUACUUGACACCCCACGGAUUCAUUUCCAAACGCCCUGCACUCUAAAUCCGGCCACUCUUUUGCCCAAUCCGGGGGAAAAUAGCCCCCUCCAUGAUUGUGAUGAGAUACUGGCCGGGGUAACAGCAAUGCGAAAGGACUUAGCCGAUACUCCACUGGAUAACAGUGAGCUAAGAUGGUUCACAGACGGCAGCAGUUAUGUAAAAGAUGGACAGAGACGGGCGGGAGCCGCAAUAGUAGAUGACUCUGGACGGACGAUAUGGGCAGAGGCCCUUCCCCCGGAUACCUCAGCACAAAAGGCAGAGUUAAUUGCCCUGAUUCAAGCAUUAGAGAGAGCCAAAGGAAAAAGAAUAACUAUUUUCACUGACAGUCGCUAUGCUUUUGGCACGGUACACAUCCAGGGCCAGAUAUAUCGGGAACGGGGGUUUUUGACAGCUGAAGGAAAAGAAAUUAAGAACUUGCCUGAAAUCCAUAGACUUUUAGAGGCUGUACAGAUGCCUCGGCCUGUGUCAAUAGUACACGUACCUGGACAUCAGAAGGGUGACAGCCCCACGGCACGAGGGAAUCGUGCCGCAGACCUGGCAGCUCGAAAAGCAGCUGAUGAAGAUUUCAUCACCCCUGUGUUGGCGAUCGGACUUCCACCUCCAGGUAUGGGAACUCUGCCCCCAACCCCUGAGUAUUCAUCCACAGACUUUGCUUGGAUCCAAAAACACACCAACCUUCAAAAAGAUAAAGAUGGAUGGUACCGAGACUCAGACGGCUACUUGAUACUCCCUGCUCAGUUGGGACGGCAACUAUGUGAGCAUUUACAUUUGUCUACUCAUCUGGGAGAAGAGAAGACUCUGAUGCUCUUUCAAACUGCGCGCCUGCGAUUUCCCUGGCACCAGACAACUGUAAAGAACAUAGUGCAUGCUUGUAAGGCGUGUCAACAGAUGAGGCCAGGAAAAGGACAACAUGCAGGACUGAGGUAUCGGGGAGAAGGACCAGGGCAACACUGGGAAAUAGAUUUCACCGAGGUAAGGCCAGGCAAGUAUGGUUACCGGUACUUGUUAGUGUUGGUAGAUACCUUCUCAGGGUGGGUAGAAGCUUUUCCUACAAAGGGAGAAACCGCGAUGAUAGUGGCAAAAAAGAUUUUAGAAGAAAUAGUUCCCAGGUUUGGCCUGCCAGUGACCAUCGGCUCUGAUAAGGGACCUGCCUUUGUGAGUCAAAUAGUUCAGAGCCUUGCCCUAGCCCUGGGGACUAAAUGGAAGUUACAUUGUGAAUACAGUCCACAGAGCUCAGGGCAAGUAGAAAGAAUGAAUCGGACUCUAAAAGAAACUUUAACUAAAUUGGCUAUAGAGACUGGCGGGGACUGGGUGACCCUCCUUCCCUUCGCCCUCUUCCGUGUGCGGAUUACUCCUUAUCAACUUAAUCUGACCCCAUUUGAGAUUCUGUAUGGGAGACCUCCCCCUGUAUGUCCAAUAUUUGAAGGGAAGAAACUACCGCCUCCCACGUUGGGGCAACUCCAAGAGGCCUUGUUGGCCUUAAGCAAGGUGCACUCUCGUGUCUGGAAACUGCUCCGGGAAAUACAUGUGGGUCAAAAUAAGGGAACUAUUCCCUCA